UUCAGUGUCAAGGCAUGAAAAAAGGGGAAAAAAAAAAAGUGAGGGGAGGGGGAGAAAGCAGGAGAAAGUCCAUAUGAGCAGCACAUGGCGAUGCUGUCAUUGUGGAUGCAUUCAUUUUCAUAGCAGACUGAAGAAAUUAAACUGAGCCAAGCACGGAAGAGAAGGAGAGUUAGAGUUGGAAAGUGAGUGAGAGAGAGAGAGGGAGAGAGAGGUUGAAAAGGGAAGUCUCCAAAAAAAAGGAGAGGAAAAAGGGAAAAAAAAAAAAAAGUAGUCGUUACAUGUGGCUGUUUGAGGGUGUGAUCCAGCCAUGGAGGGAGACAAAAUCGCAGCUCUGAAGAGGUCGUUUGAGGUAGAAGAGGUUGACACGUCGGCGCACUCCUCCCCUCACGCGCGUCGGAUGGCUAACACUCAUCUGCGAACGACCAUCUCUCCCCCAAGUCAGCGCUUCCAAGAUGUAGGGACCCGGAACUCUGACUACAGCCCAAAGAUGGCCUCAGAGGCUGCCAACCAACGCUCACCCAAGACCAGCCUGCGGCGUGUUGAGCUAUCAGGGGGGCGCACACCCGAACCUGUCUCCCGCCGCACAGAGCUCUCCAUCGACAUCUCCUCCAAGCAGGUGGACAGCUCGCCCAGCCCUGGAAUCACUCGCUUCGGCUUGAAGAAGCCUGAGCCGCAUGCACAUGGCAAGCCCCCAGAGGUGGCACACAGACGGGCGGAGCUCAGCUUUGGGCGUCCUCAGGAAGCCCCACCCCCCAGGAGAGCUGACCCACCCCCCUCUAUCUCCAGGAUCCCUGAACCAGUUCACAAGAAGGCGGAGGUGCCUGGCUCUGUGGAUCCAGUGCCCCGACGACCUGAGGCUCAAGUAACCAAGUUACUGGACGCAGCAGUUCUGAGCAAAGCACCGGAGAAUAACGUACACUCCACACCAAGUGUUCCGCCCAGUGCUCCUCCCGGCUACACAGAGUACAAGGUGUCUCCCUCAGUGCCAGAGGUCUACGUCAGGAAUUCUGAAGCAGGGUCAGAGGUCAUUCCAAGCUACAUCAACACCAUGUCGGAGCCCACCAAGCCACAGCCCCAGCCGCCGGUGCGCAGUGACAAGCCCAGCGCAGACUUCAGCUAUGUGGGCAUCGAUGCUAUCCUUGAGCAGAUGAGGAAGAAGGCUAUGAAACAGGGCUUUGAGCUCAACAUCAUGGUUGUAGGACAGAGUGGUUUGGGAAAAUCCACGCUGAUGAACACCCUCUUCAAGUCCAAAGUGAGCCGCAAGUCCACGCUGGAUACACCUGAAGAGAGGAUUCCCAAGACCAUCGAAAUUAAGUCCAUCAGUCAUGACAUUGAGGAGAAGGGAGUGAGAAUGAAACUGACAGUGAUUGACACCCCUGGCUUUGGAGAUCAGAUCAACAAUGAAAACUGCUGGCAGCCCAUUAUGAAGUUUAUCAAUGAUCAGUAUGAACAGUACCUACAAGAGGAGAUCAACAUUAACAGGAAGAAGAGAAUCCCUGAUUCACGGGUCCACUGCUGUAUAUACUUCAUCCCACCCACUGGCCACUGCCUAAGGCCCCUAGAUGUGGAGUUCAUGAGACACCUCAGUAAAGUGGUGAACAUCGUCCCUGUCAUUGCAAAGGCAGAUACCUUAACGCUAGAGGAGAGGGAUUUCUUCAAAAAGAAGAUUAGGGAAGAGUUGCGGGCCAAUGGGAUUGAUGUUUACCCACAGAAGGAGUUUGACGAGGAUGCGGAGGACAGGGUGACCAAUGAGAGGAUCAGAGAGAUGAUCCCCUUUGCGGUGGUGGGGAGUGACCAGGAGUACCAGGUCAAUGGGAGGAGGCUUCUGGGAAGGAAAACAAAGUGGGGCACCAUUGAAGUUGAGAACAUUGCACACUGUGAGUUUGCCUAUUUGCGGGACCUUCUCAUUAGGACCCACAUGCAGAACAUCAAAGACAUCACCAGCAGCAUCCACUACGAGGCAUACCGUGUCCGCAGGCUCAAUGAGAGCAACAUGCAAGCCAACGGCAUUGCUGAGCACGAUGUGACCUCCCACGAGAUGUAGACACCCACCCAGCCCUCUAAUCUGUCCCCAGCCAUUGUCCCCUGCCAUGUGACUCCACUCCACUCCUCUCCCCUCCCUCCAUCCUGACAGGCUGGCUCCCCUCCCUUAAGCAGAACCCCAGCCAAGAACAUUUAAGUGCUAGGUCAUGUUGUAUACUGCUGAGGCCUCCAGCAAUAUCUGCUCAGCUGAUCAGACCCACAGAGAGUACAGCAAAGCAGCUAUCGCUUAUUUGUCGACAUACCACCUCAGUGACAAUUCUGAACUGUUGUCCCAUAAAUGACAUGUCACAGCUUCAUAUCUUUCACCCCUUAUCUGUGUUUUAGAUGCUUUUUGUUGUCUUAUUUGACCAAUAAUCCAUACAUCAUACAUGUACAGUAUGUUCAUGGCUGAUUUACUGUGGCACAUUGUUAGGGUGGGGAAAUGGAGGGUGUCACGGACAACAUUGGAACUGGACCAUUUUGAAGAAAGCAGUCUCUACACUGCAUGCUUCCAGAGGUGGCACCUUUUCCCCUUUCUCCUAAUACAGCCCAGAUGUGCUAAUGUUGAAUCAAGCAUUGUAAAACGGUUAACAUCUGGAAACAAUUUUGGAUAUGUUGGUUUAAAGGAAAAAGCUGUAGCGAAAAGGAGGUGGUUAUAUGGCAUGCCUAAAUGUGAACAGGUAGAGGUGGAUGAGGAGGCCAAGGUAGCAGAGAAGCUGAGUGUACCCUAAAAUUGUUACUGAUAACUAACUACACAAAGUCCACAAAAACAUGAACCGAAUCAAAAUUGGACAGCAUUAGCAUUGUGUGGCUGUGUGUGAUGAUGGGCUUCUGGUCUAUUGGACACUCUUGACACCUCUGCUCUGCCAAUUUCAGUGCUAUGCAGAGCAGUUUAGCUUUUUUGAAACACUUUGAGUUAAAGAUAAAACUCAGCACAUUUAUGCCAAUUUUUUGUAUGCUGUUUGCAUUUGUUCAUCUAUACAGUCACAUUUGUAUGUUUUUGUUGUGAUUAUCGUUAAUUGUAGGAGGGGUGUAAGCAAUACAGAAUUAAUUGUGCUCUCUGUGCCUUAUCUAAGCCAAAUGUUCUUCCUGAUAUAAAAAUACCAGAUAUGUUUGAAGUGAUGUGGAAAGGAAUGAAUAUUUAUGUUUCUUUAAAGAUAGAUGUAUACCCUUUCAAUGGAGCCGGUGUCACCUGUAACUAAUGCUGUUUUCCUUGCCCCCGUCAACAGGAGUAACGUCGACUUGGUGAUUUGUACGUGUUUCCAUGUUAUUCAUUUAUUUAUUGGUAACUGUCUGCAAGCAUUUUUUUCCUUUUUCCUAAUGAAAACUUACAUAAUUUCAUUGGUUUAUGUGUUGGAUAAAAGCCCAACAAAACUGCUGGCACAUUUGUAAUGACAGGGCCAGACACUGAGCACCUUCAAACUCAGUCUCCACAGUGUCACUCCCAGCCACCUCACUGGGCAAGAUCACCUUGCUUGCGAGGAGGCUGCACAGAUGAUGCAGAGAUGUUGGUGGAAAAAGGACCUGAGUUUUAUGGGUGUUGUAGGCCCUUGUACGUUCACCUUUUUAAAUGGCUUUGGGGAAAAACUGCAGGGGGCAGAAGCUUAGUCAUUUGCUGACAGCAUAUAGAGGGUGGUACACAGAGGACUGUUCUCUUCUGCAGAGUUGAGUACCUGUGGAGAGUCAGGGCUGCUGCCUCAGGUGUGUAUUUCCCGUGAUAAGCAGUGUUUUCAGUCCAGUAUUGUUAAAUAGACUCCUCAGUUCUCCACACACUUGUGAAUGCCCUACAUAGAACAAGGGGGCUGUUGGGCUCCUCUUAGUGCACACAUUUCAGUGAAAUCCCCCUUUGGAGAGACUAUGGAGAGAUGCCUACAACAAAGAGAACAUGGAAGGAAAGGCAGCAGGGAAUGUGAUAAAGUGAUCAAAGUGUCAACAUCCAGUCCUUGGUUCUCAGAAUGCAGCAGGCAGCGCAAGAACAAUCCAAAGGUAGAAAUGUGUCGCACACUUGCUAUAUGUCAAGGUCUUUAACAGUCCCAUAUUUGCUUUGUGAGCAGAAAAAAAAAGAUGGAAAAUGCUGCUUACAAGUAUAACGAAUGCUGUUUUAUUAUCUGUGUUUUGUUUUGCAUUUUUGGUAAGACUCGUUUUAAACUGCCCAAGUUUUCCACCGCUUUGUAUUUGAUGUUCUUAAUUGUAAAGUCCUACAUAAUAAUCUGCUAUAAUUGAGUAAAAUUGUGCUUACUAGGAGACCCAAAGAGAAUGUUGUCAUUUUGUCUGCAAACUGAAAUUA